AGUUCUUGGAACGCAUACGCAUGACAUCACUACAUCAUGAAAAGUAGGUAAAACAAGUCCUAUUCCAAAUAACACGAAGAGCAUGUCUGGUUCAUCCUCCGGUGUUAACGCCUUCCGCAAGAGUCUGCGGAAGGCAGUUGACAUGCUGGUACCUAGUCGACUGAGGACUCCUAAUAAACAUCCGGAGAUACCCUUGAGCUACCUGUGGACACCAGAAUCAACGAGAACAAGACCCAGAACUACGCCGACAACUACACCUUCGUGGGUUAUUUCCUCGUUAUUUGGAAGGUCAGGAGCUGAGAAGAUAAGCACAGAAGCAGAAAGCGAAGCAUCCAGAACUCCUACGGGCUCAUCUACUGGCGGUGGAGGUGUUACAACAUCUAGUAAUGACAAAAAGGAACCGUCUUCAGAAAGCUCCUUAGCGGCGUCGUCAAGGUCAACGUCAUUUUUUCCUUUUCAGUCGUGGUUUGCGUCUGCGGCGGGAGCGAUUGCACCGCAACAUUUUCACCCUCCCAGCACACUAUCUCAGGAUGAAGACCAUCUCCUUGAAUCAGCACGAGCAUCAACCGCGAUAAGCAAAAGCACCGGUAGCUCCGGUUCUGGUGGGCCAGGUCAUUCAGGAGGUGGCGGGGGUGGAGAGAAAAAGCCAACGAAAAAACCAAGAAAACGAACAAACCAGGAGAAGGAUGAAGACGGCCUGGACAGCACUCUUGAAACUUCUAGUAUCGCUCGCGGACAACCGCUUGAGGAACGCAAGAAGGGAUUUCUAGACGCAUUGAGAAAUGUUGGACUUCUGCGUCCAGCAGAAGCGUUAUCAUCUUCCCCCGGCCCACCAGGAGGAGCACUCCUGGGCGUGCUCGGGAAUACACGUGGGAUCACAUUCUUCGUCCCAGAACCAGAGAGCGUGUCCUCCCUCUCAGACGAAGCAGAUAGCAGAAGAAGAGAACCCCUGCACCGCCAACAACAUAGCUGGGCUGCACACAUCACUGCAGCUGAUGGACAGCACCCUGCUAGUAAUAUUAGUACCCCUUCAUCAUCUCACUCUAGUUCCUCCUCACCUCCACCUCCAACAUAUCCAUAUAAUCAACCUUCACCUUCACCUUUACCCUCGUCGUUGCGUUUUUCCUUCAUCUGGAACGAAAUUGAUGCCGAAAUUUCAGCUGUUUUCACUGACGCGACGGUUCCGAAGGUGUAUGAGAACUAUAGCUGGCACCGAUUCCACAUCGAGAAGGAACUGGGGAUUACCAACCUCGCAGGGCUCCAUGCUGAUACUAUGCAUAUGGCGAGGCUCUCUGGCGGUAGUAGUUGUGUUUCGACUACACCUGCUGCAGCCUCUGCGACAAGUGCGGGUGAAGUGGAGCAGGUGGAAAAUCUCCAGAUGAGUGAACAAGAUGACAUCAACAAGGAGAAGAUAACAGGCGGUUCGUCGUCCUCAGCUUCGUCAGCCUCUUGUUCAACAUCAAGCACCUUUACCACUACAUCUACACCAAGAAAUAACAAAACCACCACCACCUCAAGCAAUAAAGACGUUCUUCAACGUUUCUCCACUCUGAAACGAGAAUUGCAGGGUAUAAACUGUCGAGGCGAAAGUUUCUAUGAGCUCUAUCGGGAAUACUGGCUAGAUUUUGCGGACGUCUUGGCGGAAAUCGAAUCCCGUGGUGUGGGAAUCAACGUGGAAAAGCUAGAAACAAUCACGAAAGAUGCGAUGAAGAUAUGAAGAAAAGUUCAAGUUGUGUAUAUAAUUAAGGAGCUCCUUGAUGUUGUUCGUUAUCCUUAUUUGUUAAUUAUCUGUUCUCAAUCUCAUCUAACUCCCGACCGGGAUGAAGCAGAGCGACGGUUUCGUCAGUGGGUUUUCGAUACCAUGGCUAAGAAACGACAGGAAUGCGUCGAUGACUAUC